GUUGAGCGCCGCGGGCCGGACUUCCCGGUCGUCGGGGUCUUGCUGUUGUGAGUCGAAAAUGCCAGCGAGUGACGCUGCCGCUUCAACCAGCGGUGUGGUGGACACGCCGGCCAAGCCAAAGGCGCUGGGCCUCCGCGAUGUCUGGCGGGAGUUUUGCCGCUCCACCACCAUGCACGGCUUGCGCUACCUGGUCGACGAGGGCAGGACCACGUUCGACAAGGCCUUCUGGGGCGUGUCGCUGCUGAUCACGCUCGUGUGCUGCACGGCCCUGCUGGUGCACAUGUACGAGCGGUGGCUCAUCUCGCCGGCCAUGGCCACCAACGAGCUCAAGAUGCAGGCCGUGUGGGAGGUCCCCUUCCCGGCCGUCACCAUCUGCCCGGACACCAAGUUCAAGAACUCCGUGUUCAACCUGAGCGAAGCCAAGCGGCGACUCUCGCACGACCCCGACGACCGGGACAGUCUGCAGCGGAACGUCGACACGGUGCUGCUGCACUGCGACGAUGCCUCUGCCGGCCGCUGCGCCACCUUGACGGACGACGACACGGACUUCUUGACCUCGAUAGCGCCGCAGAUCGGAGACACCGUCAGAGGCUUCCAGUGGCGGAAGUCGCGGUACACCAACCUCUUCGGCGCCAACGAGACCGGCUUCGAGCUGUGGACGCCGAUCCUGACCGACGAGGGCCUCUGCUUCUCCUUCAACAUCCUCAGCCCCGACGACCUGUUUACGGAGUCGGCGGUGAAGCUUCCCUCCUCCGAGGAGUACGGCCGGCAGCCCCUCCGCUACUGGAACCUUUCGCGAGGCUACUCGGCGGACGCCCCGCUGGAGUCGACGUUCCCCGCGCGCGCCAUGAAGGGCGCCAUCGGCGGCCUGGGCGUGCUGCUGUUCGCGCCGGUCGGCGACAUGGACUACACGUGCAGGGGGCCGAUGCAGGGCUUCAAGAUCGCCGUCCACAGCCCCGCCGAAGUGCCGCAGAUGCAGCAGCGCACGCGCUCCAUGCUGGGCGAGGAGCUCCUCAUCAACGUCAAGCCCUCCACCAUCUCCACGUCGGAGGAGCUCCGCUACUACAAGCCGCAGGACAGGCGGUGCUUCUUCCCGGAGGAGCGGCAGCUCGAGUACUUCAAAGUGUACACCAAGAGGAACUGCGAGCUGGAGUGCUCCUCCAACUUCUCCCGAGCGCACUGCGGCUGUGUGGCGUUCUUCAUGCCCCGUUCGGCGGGCGUCCCCGUGUGCGGCCCGGCCAAGCUGGAGUGCCUGCGCGAGGCCGCGCACCAGCUGGAGGAGCAGGAGCUGGUCGGCGAGAGGGAGCUGCUGGCUGGCCGGCAGCCCACCGCGGGCUGCAACUGCCUCGCGGACUGCGUGGCCCUGGAGUACGACGUGGAGCUGUACAGGGCCACCUUCGACUGGGAGCGCUCGGUGGGCGCCUGGAUCUUCAACGGCUCCGACUUCAUCGGGAUGGACUGCGCGCGGGUCACAAUCAACGUCAAAGACAACGCCAUCAUCAGCAACCAACGCAGCGAGCUCUAUUCCCUGGAGAAGUUCAUUGCCGCUUGCGCCGGAGUUCUUGGCCUGUUUACUGGCUUCAGUCUCAUCAACAUUAUCGAGGCCGCCUUCUUCGUGAGCUGGGGAUUGGUGGCAAAAAUCUACCACAAAGCAAAGCACGCUCUUUGCCGCUCCUAAGUGUUCGCAGCCUUUGUUUAUUUAUUUUUAAAAAAAUUUCUU